AUGACAAACCUUCAGCCGCCCAAGACAGUCAAAGAUAUCAGAAGCUUCCUAGGACAUGCUGGGUUCUACAGGAGGUUCAUUAAAGAUUUCUCACAGAUAGCAAGGCCGCUAACACGCCUAUUAUGCAAGGAUAUUAACUUUGAGUUCACAGAGGAGUGUCACAAGGCUUUCACUAAGAUCAAAGAUGCAUUGGUCAGUGCGCCAGUGGUUCAACCUCCAAACUGGGAACUACCUUUUGAGAUAAUGUGUGAUGCAAGUGAUUAUGCAGUAGGAGCAGUGCUUGGACAAAGAAAAGACAAGAAGCUACAUGUGAUCUACUAUGCCAGCAGAACACUUGAUGAGGCACAAUGCAAGUAUGCCACAACAGAAAAGGAGCUUCUUGCUAUUGUCUUUGCAUUUGAGAAAUUUCGAUCAUACUUGGUGGGAUCAAAGUUAUAG